GUUAAAGCUUAUAUCAAAAUGUAACUUUGACUUGCACUCGUUCCUUUCCUUCGUCCGAAUAAUCUGGUGGCCGUGGGUGGCUCUUCUUAACUUGUUUUUGCUUUUGAUUCAAAGCUGAAGACGAAGAAGAAGCCCCAAAUCUUCUCUCGUUAAACCCUGAAGCAAUGAUCCUCUCCCUUUCUCUCUUCUGCCCUCAUCACCCUUGUCUUUCUUCUCCUCUUCCUAUCCCACGCUUUCACCCUCCUCCUCCUUCCCUCUCUUUCAACCCCACUCCCUUUUGCCCUCCCCCACUUUUCCUUUUUUCCCGAUUGCAUCCCCAUCCCUUUUCAAUCCCUUGCUCAUUGCACCCCGACAAUGUUAAUUCCGAUUCCAAAUUGGAUUCCCAUCUUGAACCUUCCACCCCUUUGGUUUCGGAUGUUGAUGGAUUUGAGAAUGCAGCCGAGGGGAUUGAAGCGAAUAACAUCGAUGAGGAACCUGAGAAUGCGGUGGACAACAAUGGGCAGAGUGAUGAAUUGGUGGGAGAUAAAGGGCCCAAAACCAAAAUCCCUGUCAUGGUGUUUUUUAUGGGAAUUUGGGCUAUGAUAAAGAAUGGAAUGGACAAAUUGUUAGCUUUGGAUUGGUUCAGUUGGUGGCUGUUUUGGCGUCAGGAGAAACGUCUUGACCGCUUGAUUGCCGAAGCCGAUGUCAAUCCCAAAGAUGCCGCUAAACAAAGCGCUUUGCUAGCUGAGCUUAACAAGCACAGUCCCGAGUCCGUGAUUAAGCGAUUUGAACAAAGGGAUCAUGCGGUAGACAGUAGAGGAGUUGCCGAAUAUCUUCGAGCGUUGGUAGUCACUAAUGCCAUUGCUGAAUAUCUUCCGGAUGAACAAGCUGGAAAGCCUUCUAGUCUUCCUACUUUGUUGCAAGAAUUAAAGCAGCGUGCAUCUGGGAAUGUGGAUGAGCCCUUCUUAAGCCCAGGAAUUUCUCAGAAGCAUCCGUUGCAUGUCGUGAUGGUUGAUCCUAAAGUUUCAAACAGAUCACGGUUUGCACAAGAGCUUAUUUCAACUAUCUUGUUCACGGUUGCUGUUGGAUUGGUUUGGUUAAUGGGUGCUGCUGCACUUCAGAAGUAUGUAGGAAGUUUGGGUGGAAUAGGAACUUCAGGUGUUGGAUCAAGUUCCUCAUAUGCCCCCAAAGAAUUGAACAAGGAAGUGAUGCCUGAGAAGAAUGUUAAAACAUUUAAGGAUGUCAAAGGCUGUGAUGAUGCAAAACAAGAGCUUGAGGAAGUAGUGGAGUACCUUAAAAACCCAUCAAAGUUCACCCGCCUUGGGGGAAAGCUGCCAAAGGGAAUCCUUUUGACUGGAGCACCUGGAACUGGAAAAACUUUGCUGGCCAAGGCUAUUGCUGGGGAAGCUGGGGUACCUUUCUUCUAUAGAGCAGGAUCUGAAUUUGAGGAAAUGUUUGUUGGUGUUGGUGCUCGGCGUGUGAGAUCCCUUUUCCAAGCAGCUAAGAAAAAGGCUCCUUGCAUCAUUUUCAUUGAUGAAAUAGAUGCUAUUGGAUCCACACGAAAACAAUGGGAAGGCCACACCAAAAAAACACUGCAUCAGCUGCUAGUUGAAAUGGAUGGUUUUGAACAGAAUGAGGGAAUAAUUCUGAUGGCUGCAACAAAUCUACCUGAUAUUCUUGAUCCAGCUUUGACAAGACCUGGUAGAUUUGAUAGGCAUAUCGUUGUCCCUAAUCCAGAUUUAAGAGGCCGUCAAGAGAUUUUGGAGCUCUACCUACAUGAUAAACCUUUAUCUGAUGACGUAGAUGUUAAAGCAAUUGCUCGUGGUACUCCUGGAUUCAAUGGAGCAGAUCUAGCAAACUUGGUGAACAUUGCUGCAAUUAAAGCUGCAGUUGAAGGUGCAAAUAAAGUGACUGCUUCACAGUUGGAGCAUGCUAAAGAUAGGAUACUCAUGGGUACUGAACGUAAAACAAUGUUUUUAUCAGAAGAGUCAAAGAAGCUCACUGCUUAUCAUGAGAGUGGCCAUGCAAUUGUCGCUUUCAACACUGAAGGUGCACAUCCAAUCCACAAGGCUACAAUCAUGCCCCGUGGAUCUGCUCUGGGAAUGGUAACCCAAUUGCCAUCAGAUGAUGAGACGUCAAUCAGCAAGAAGCAAUUAUUAGCUCGUCUUGAUGUUUGUAUGGGAGGAAGAGUUGCGGAAGAACUCAUUUUCGGCCAGGACCAUGUCACAACUGGAGCAAGGAGUGAUCUACAGACGGCUACAGAGCUUGCUAAGUAUAUGGUAUCAAAUUGUGGGAUGAGUGAUGCAAUUGGGCCAGUUAAUAUUAAAGAGCGACCAAGUUCAGAAAUGCAGUCUCGCAUUGAUGCUGAAGUUGUAAAGCUUCUAAGAGAAGCAUAUGAUCGUGUGACAACCCUGUUAAAAAAGCACGAGAAGGCAUUGCACGCAUUAGCAAAUGCACUUUUGGAGUACGAAACACUAAGUGCAGAAGAAAUAAAGCGCAUUCUUCUCCCACAUCGGGAAGGAGGUUUUCCCGAACAGCAAGAACAACAGGAAGAGGGGGAGCUAGUAUUGGCGUAAACUACAACUCGGCAAUCUGCAUGAUUGUAGGGGAAGCUCUGUAUAGUGUAUUUGAAGCAGCAGAGGUAAUUUAUUUAUAUAAUUUCUUUCAAUUCUUUGCCCCACCAUUGUCAUAAGAUGUGUGUUAUGGAAACUCUGGUUAAGAGACCGUGCAAAUCCAUCAUCCUGAUUCCCUGUCAUAAUAUGCUAAUGCCACUUUUAAAUGUCCACCAACACCUAAGACUACUAAUUCAACAUAGAACUUGUACCAUUUGUGAAAUCAUGUAUUAUUUGACUCUUACCCCCCAUUUCCGGGGCCAAAUUUUGAACCAUGUAGGCAUAAUUUGACCUUUUCUCACUAAUGAGAAGAAGUCCAUAUUUAGUUCCCAA